AUGGCCUCCGCGUGGUGCUGGAGCUGUCUUUCCCGGCUGCGUACAACACCACGAGCCUUGAUCCCGACGCCGGCCGCAACACCCCGGAUUACCAGCGCUCCCUUCCACUCGACUGCGGUGCAAUAUGCCAAUCCGGUGAAGAAGAAGAGCACUCUUGUCGCCAAUAAGUACCGUCAGGGUCAGGUGUUGAAGAGGAAGAAGAAGACCAAGACUGAGCGGGCGCGGCCCCCGGCUGUUGGCGAGCGCAAGGCUUUGCGGAAGCGCAUUGUACUUAGCAACCCCAAUGCCCUGGAGGUUGAGGGCAUGAAAGACUUGUCGCCUGAGACUAUGGUCGAUGCUCGUCUCCGCGGUACUGUUGUCGGUCUGCCUGUGGCUACAUUGGAUCGAUUGAGGGCUGUGCAGGCUUUCAAGCCUAAGCAGGGUUGGUCUAUAUUCCGUCGGCCGGGUACCGUUCUGCGCCGUGAUACCCUUGAGAUGGGCCGACUCUUUGAGAAGAUCUCCGGUGAUGGUGAUGCUCCUGAAAAGGGCAAGGUAGUCAAGAAAAUCAUCACGGGAUCCAAAGGCUCCGGCAAGACCGUGCAUUUGUUGCAGGCUGCGACUAUGGGUUUCCUUAAAAAUUGGGUUGUGAUUACAGUGCCAGAUGCACGCGACCUCGUGUCCGGAGACACUGCCUACUCUCCCGUCGAGGGUAGCAAUCCUACACAGUAUGACCAGCCCAACGCUGUUUCCGCCCUUCUGAACCGCACCGUUGAGGCCAACCGCGAGGUUCUGUCUAGCCUCAAGGUCUCCCAGAAGCACGUCGGUUUGCCCGGUCUCAAGCCCACCUCGACCCUGGAAGAUCUGGCCAAAUUGGGCUUCCAGGAUGCAGCCGUGGCCUGGAAGGUUUUCCAGGCUUUGUGGGCUGAGCUGAACGCUACCGCCCCCGCCCCAGGAAUGGAGAAGAACUUCGAGGCCCGCCCUCCCCUGCUCGUUACCGUUGACGGUCUCGCUCACUGGAUGACCGAGAGCGCCUACAAGGCUUCAGACUUCACCCCAGUGCACGCCCACGAUCUCAUCUUCGUGCAGCACUUCCUCUCCCUUCUCAGGGGCCAGUCCUUGAAGAACGGCGGCAUGCUCUUGUACGCCACCUCGACCUCCAACAACCCCAGCAGCUACAGCCUCGAAGUCGGUCUGAACCAGCUGGCCGCACGCCAAGCAGGCAUUGCUCCUACCUCAGAGAACUACCCGCAGCCCGAGAACUACAGCAAGCCUGAUUCUCGCGUUCUGGACAUUUUCAAGCCCGAUAGCUCUAAGGACGCUCUCGAGCUGCAGACUCUUGGCGGUCUCACCCGCGACGAGACCCGUGGCUUCCUCGAGUACUUUGCCCAGAGCGGUCUCCUGCGUGAGUCUGUGAAUGAGCAAUCGGUCGGAGAGAAGUGGACUCUCUCCGGUGGUGGUAUCAUCGGUGAGCUGGAAAAGCUGGGUCGCCAUGUGCGCACCGCUGCUCUUCAGCCCGCUGCUCAGCCCGUUGCUGCUGCGAACUGA